AUACGGUGUAUGUGGUUGUUAAACUUGUGCACAGCAGCGACAUUUGCUUCCUGUUGUGUUUUGUGGGUUUAGCAUUUUGACAUUUUAGUUAAUAAAAUACAAUCACUUCAAAUUGUGAUAAUUUAAAGUGUAUGUGGGCAGUUGUUAAUUUGAGACAAUGAGUCGCAGAAGACCUCACGAGGAAGACGAUGGCUAUGAACGAGCCUAUAGGAAAAGGAGGAGAGUGUCCGAAAAUCAGGAAAUAGAAGACCGUUUGGAAUCACUAAUAUUGAGAGUUGGAGAAAAGAGUACUUCAUCCUUGGAAAGUAACUUGGAAGGUCUAGCAAGUGUGUUAGAAGCAGAUUUGGCAACUUUCCGCAGCAAGAUUCUUCGCAUUUUGACAGACUGUGCUAUCAAAAUGCCAGAGAAAUGCACCAUAUACACUACCUUGGUUGGACUGCUUAAUGCAAAAAAUUACAAUUUUGGUGGAGAGUUUGUUGAAUAUAUGGUGCGUAACUUGAAAGAUUCAUUGAAAGCCUGCAAGUGGGAUGCAGCCCGGUAUUCGUUAAGGUUUUUGGCUGACUUAGUUAACUGUCAUGUAAUCUCUGCGGGUUCUUUAUUGCAACUGCUGGAUAACAUGGUGGAUGCUGCCAAAGAAGAUGGAGUACCACAGGUGCGCAAGGAUUGGUACGUGUUUGCAGUGCUGUCAACGUUACCUUGGGUGGGACGAGAACUAUAUGAGAAGAAGGAGCAGGCUCUUGAACAUCUGCUAGUGUCCAUUGAGGUAUUUCUUGGGAAAAGAAGCAAGAAACAUCAUGCAGCCCUUCGAGUAUGGGCCUUGGACACCCCUCAUCCUCAAGAAGAGUACUUAGACUGUCUUUGGGCUCAGAUUCGGAAAUUGCGGCAGGACAAUUGGGCAGAAAAGCACAUACCUCGUCCAUACUUGGCAUUUGAUAGCAUCUUGUGUGAGGCCCUCCAGCACAACUUGCCAACAAUUUUGCCUCCGCCCCAUCAUGACAGCUAUCAGUACCCGAUGCCUCACGUCGUUUUCCGUAUGUUUGACUAUACGGACUGCCCUGAGGGACCAAUUCUUCCAGGUGCUCAUUCAAUAGAGAGAUUCUUAAUAGAAGAGCAUCUUCAUCAAAUUAUUGAGAUGCAUCAUUUAGAGAGGAAGGAUUGUGCAGCACACUUACUCAACUUCCCAUAUAAACUGAAGAUUCCACUUGACUAUUCAAUUGUGGAAGUAAUUUUUGCUGAAUUGUUUCACAUGCCAUCACCACGGUACUUGGAGAUUGUAUAUGGUUCGGUUUUGAUUGAACUAUGUAAAUUACAACCUAGCACCAUGCCUCAGGUUUUAGCUCAGGCUACAGAAAUUUUAUUUAUAAGGAUUGACACAAUGAACACUGCCUGUUUUGAUAGGUUUGUGAAUUGGUUUUCAUAUCAUUUAAGUAACUUUCAAUUCCGCUGGAGUUGGGAAGACUGGGACUCAUGUUUACAGCUUGACCCCGAACACCCUCGUCCAAAGUUUGUGCGAGAAGUUCUGCUUAAAUCAUUAAGGUUAUCUUACCAUCAAAGAAUCAAGGAUAUGAUGCCAGAUUCAUUUGAAUCCCUGAUACCAACAAAGCCCGAACCAAAAUUCAAGUAUGCUGCAGAGGGUGCAGGUUCUUUGCCCGGUACAACAUCAGCACAUAAGUUAGUGGUGUCCAUCAGAGCAAAAUGUAAACCUGAGGAAGUUUUACAUGUAUUGCAAGACUUACCUAAUCCUCGACAAGAUGAAGAUGUUGAUCCGCGUUUCAAUCCUCUGAAGAUUGAUGUCUUUGUUCAGACACUACUGAACCUGGGAUCAAAGAGCUUCUCCCAUUCAUUUGCUGCCAUAUCAAAAUUUCAUUAUGUUUUUAAGGAAUUGGCAGAAUCGGAGGAGGCUCAGAUCUGCAUCCUACGGAAUAUGUUUGAUCUUUGGCAUGGCCAUCAACAGAUGAUGUGUGUACUCAUUGACAAGAUGUUGAAGACACAGAUAAUUGAGUGUUCGGCUGUUGCUAACUGGAUCUUUUCCAAAGACAUGUCUGGAGAAUUUACAAAAUUGUACCUGUGGGAAAUCCUACAUCUGACAAUCAAAAAGAUGAGCAAGCACGUGAAUCGUCUAGGUCGCGAAUUAGCCGAAGCUCUCGAGCGAUUACGACAUGCGGAGAGUGACAGCGAUGAAUCAGAAGAUGGUGAUGGAGAGGGAAACAAUAACUCUGGCCAGCGUGGAAAGUCAGGAGGAGCAGAUGACCACGAGAAGCCCUCAGAAGACAUGGUAGAUCGCAUGGAAGAACGCCUUGAAGCUGCACAGGCAGACCAGAAGAAUCUUUUCCUUAUCAUAUUCCAGAGGUUCAUAAUGAUUUUAUCUGAACAUUUGGUGCGCAGUGACACUGAUGGUAGAGACUUCAACACACAUUGGUACAAGUGGACUAUUGGAAGGUUACAGCAAGUCUUCCUCGUGCAUCAUGAACAGGUCCAAAAGUACAGCUCUACUUUGGAGACUCUGCUUUUUACCCAAGAUCUCGAUCCGCACAUAUUGGAAGUGUUCCACCAGUUCACAUCUCUUCGUGCUUGAGUCUCGCAUCUGCCAGAAGGGAGUUGAAAUUGUCAAGAAGUUUAUUGUUUCUCAAACUGCUUAGCUGAGACUGUGCAGGUGGUGGAAUCUAUGGAAUUACGACAGUUUGGAGCUUUAUUAGAAUAAAGAAAUGACCUGGAAGCAAUUGAUAACUGGUCACAGGUUUCAGAAAUUAUUAUACCACAGUCAAUUCAAUCUUAAUGGUUGUGUUGCUAUUUCAUCCAGUAUAUCUGUAAGGUAUUAGUAUUUUGGUAUGUCUUGUAGUUAAAGGUAUGUUUUUUGUGACAAAUAUUCUACAUCUUUCAGUAAUGAAUAGAAAAUUAUAAAUACGUAGUUGAAACAUUUCUGAUAUUGGUUUCGUAGUCCCUCACCAAAUGCAGAUUUCAGGUUUCUGUAGUUCUUAAUUUUUAACAAUUUUGCCCGUCACAGUAUACGGUAGAGAAAAUUGGUGGCUCCGACACCAAGAAAUAUGCGUUUGCUAGGGUAAAAUUUCAAAAAGAGAUAGGGAAAAAUUACAUUGACUGAACUUCCGUUCUCAUUCAGGUGCAGUUUAUUGUGAAUGUCGUACAAAGUUUAGUAGGCGAGGGAUUAAUCAGUAUGAAUCCUAGCAAUAUUUUAGAGCUUCUUCAGUCACAUGAGGAAUUAACUAAGGAGGUGACAGAGUCCUCCUGUAACAAGAAUGAGAACGUAGCAUAAAAAUCCAUCCUUAGCAACAGAAUUAUGAUUGUUUAUAAUCUUGCCAGUACUUUAUUGAAAUUAAUUAUUUAUAAAGCAUAGGGUUCACUACAAGCAGUGUUUGGAGGAAUUAAUGUUGCCUUAAAUGUAGAGGGAUCUACGAGAAAAACAUCCAUCAACAGUAUAUUCAAGAGAGAAUCCUUCAGUGAUGCUGCAGUCACAUUUAUGACUAUACCCGGCUCUUUACCAGUCGAGAUGUCGCUCGUGACUCAUUUACCUUCGCUGGCCGGAGACUGCCGAACAGUAUGAAGAUGUGCAGGAGGAGGGUAAGCCCAACCCUUUUCAUCCUUAUCACUACCAUUAUCACUGUUACCAACAUAACUGUCUGUAAUGUUAUGUCUUAAAGGUAAAUAAUAUAACUGACCAUUUAUUAUUUUAAAUAUGCGUUACUGCAUGUUUUUUGGUUUCGAUGAAGGAACGGGCGUGGGCUUUGGUACAUGUUAACAGUGGUUCUCGUAACAACCAGUUUUCCGUAAAGCCUUAGUUUUGCCCUCCACAGUACUAUUAGGGUCACAGCAAAUAGAAUGUGGUGCUUUUGUAUUGUGUUGAGAUUUAUUAUUUAAUGAUAUAUUAUGUGCUCUAAUAGUACACACAACAUUUCUGGAGACUACAACUUAUUGAAAAAUAGUGAUAAUACUGUAAGACGACAAAUAAAAUAUGGAAUUACAGAUUCA